AGGACUUGAGCAAAACUGGAUGUGAGUUGUAAUAAUGUAAAAGGAAGACGGGCUCUUUAAGAUAACAAAGAGGGGACUGUUAGUUCAAAUGUGGUAAUCAAGGACCAUGAUGGUGAUUUGCUAAAAGAAUGUUAGCUCGAUGUUUCUAUGAACUUUCUCAGUUUCGUCUGCCCAUUGUAAUGCAUACAAAAUGGAUUGUCAACUUACGCAGUUUUGGUAUCUACAGCCCUCUUUCGGAAUGUGCUGAAAGAUUCUUCGAACAUAGAGAUAUCUCUCUUGAAGUUCAACUUCAGUUAAGUACGGAAAAUCACCCUUAAAAUCUGUGAACUUUUGGCUGUUCAAUGAGAAUAUAAUAGUUCUUAUUUCAGCUCUUUCAAGGCACGGAAACAAGGCGUGGUGGUGAUGGGUGUCUGGAUUGUAUUCUGUGGGAAUUGUUCACAGGAAGAUGAGAAGACAUGCAAUUAUGAUAUCAUAUCCAUAUUCCAGCCGUAUACAUGCAUCAACCAUUGUUUGGUCAUUUCUGUUUAUCUCCUUCUCCUGCUCAUAUGCUUGCAUAUCAUCAUUCAUAGACCAUUCUCAAGGAAGAAAAUAGCACCCUCACAGCCUAAACACUUCUCUCCAAUGCUGAUAUGUUCAGCCAUUUACAACGGUGGCCUGGGUUUGGCUUACUUGGGUUUGGGGAUCUGGAUAAUUGUUGAGGAGUUGAAUGAAAAGAGAACCAUUUUACCUUUGCAUGGAUGGCUAGUUUUGCUAUUCCAAGGGCUCACAUGGAUGCUGCUUGAUUUUACUGUAAUCAGCGAGAAGCUAUGCCUUUCAUAUACCAGAAAAGCUAAGCUUUGUUCUAUUGCCACUUUCUUUUUUGCUGGAUUCCUCUGCUUUUCUUCUCUUUGGCUCGCUAUUGUGGACAAAAUGGCAUCUGUUAAGAUGGUUUUAGAUAUUCUGUCAUUUCCUGGAGCAAUCCUGUUGCUCUUGUGUACAUUUCAGAAACACAAGAAUGUGAAAACUGAUCCAGACACCAGUCAUUAUGCUUUAUAUGCUCCUUUGCAGGGUGAGGAAGCCAGUCCCACAGGUGAAAAUUCUUCAAAUGAUAAUGUUACUCCUUUUGCCAGAGCUGGAUUUCUUAGUAAAAUGUCAUUUUGGUGGUUGAAUCCAUUAAUGAAGCAAGGUAAACAUCAAAACCUUUCGGAGAAUGAUAUUCCUCAGUUACGGCAGGCGGAUCGAGCACAAACAUGCUACUUAAUGUUUGAAGAGCAACUGAGCAAACAGAAACAAGAAGGAAGAUAUGAAUCCCCUUCAAUGUUCUCAGUAAUUUUUUCCUGCCAUAGAAAAGCUAUUUUAAUUUCUGGAUUAUUUGCAUUGAUCAAGGUACUCACGGUCUCCAGUAGUCCACUGUUUCUCAAGGCCUUCAUUGAGGUUGCUGAAGGAAAAUCAGCUUUUAAAUACGAGGGUUAUGCACUGGCUGGCUUGCUCUUCUUAGGGAAGUGCUUGGAAUCAUUAUCAGAGAGGCAGUGGUUCUUUCAAACAAGGCUGAUUGGGCUCCAAGUAAGAUCUUUCCUCUCUGCUGCUAUUUAUCAGAAGCAACUAAGACUCUCAAAUGCUGCUAAGAUGACUCAUUCAGCUGGUCAGAUAAUGAACUAUGUCACCGUAGAUGCCUACAGAAUAGGUGAAUUCCCAUAUUGGUUUCAUCAAAUAUGGUCAACAGGCCUUCAGCUGUGUCUUGCAUUAGUUAUUGUUUACUAUUCUGUAGGGCUGGCAACAGUUGCAGCUCUAGUUGUAAUCAUCUUGACCGUGCUUGCAACUUCACCAGUAGCCAAAUUGCAGCAUAAGUAUCAGUCAGAGCUCAUGGUGGCACAAGACAAGAGAUUGAAGACCAUAACAGAAGCUCUUGCAAAUAUGAAGGUCUUAAAGUUGUAUGCAUGGGAGAAACAUUUUAAAAAUGUCAUAGAAGGGUUAAGGAAAGAAGAACUAAAAUGGAUAUUAGCAGUUCUGAUACAAAAAGGAUACUAUCUGAUUUUGUUUUGGUCAUCUCCCAUUUUAGUAUCAGUUGCCACAUUCUGGGCAUGCUACUUCUUUGGGGUUCCAUUAUCUGCUAGUAAUGUAUUCACAUUCUUAGCAAGUCUGCGCAUUGUUCAGGAGCCUAUCAGGAUGAUCCCUGAUGUUGCUGGAGUGUUCAUUGAAGCAAAGGUCUCUUUAACUCGGAUUGUUAAGUUCCUUGAAGCACCAGAGUUGCAGAACAGAGACGAAAGGCAGAAGUACAAUGAAAAAGACCUGGAGCAGUCCAUUUUAAUCAGGGCUAGUGAGAUAUCAUGGGAGACUAAUUCAGAUAAGGCCUCUCUAAGAAACAUAAAUUUGGUGGUUAAACCAGGAGAAAAGGUAGCUAUUUGUGGAGAGGUUGGGUCUGGUAAAUCAACCCUUUUAGCUGCUAUUCUGGGAGAAAUCCCAAACAUCAUAGGCAUAGUUCAUGUUUAUGGAAAGAUAGCAUAUGUUUCUCAAACAGCCUGGAUCCAAACAGGAUCUAUUAGAGAUAAUAUUCUUUUUGGGUCCCCCAUGGAUCCAAAUAGAUACAAAGAAGUGCUUAGAAAGUGUUCCCUUGUAAAGGACCUUGAGAUGCUUCCAAUUGGUGAUCUCACCGAAAUAGGAGAAAGAGGUGUUACUCUAAGUGGUGGUCAGAAGCAGAGGGUUCAACUAGCCCGUGCGCUCUAUCAGGAUGCAGAUGUUUAUCUCUUGGACGAUCCAUUCAGUGCUGUUGAUGCACAUACAGCUACUAGUCUAUUUAAUGAUUAUGUCAUGGAAGCUCUGUCAGGGAAGACAGUCCUGCUGGUGACCCACCAAGUCGACUUCCUUCCUGCAUUUAAUUCUAUAUUGUUUAUGUCUGAGGGGCAUGUUCUAAGAGGUUCCACUUAUGAUCAGUUGCUGGGUUCAAGUAAAGAAUUUCAAAACUUGGUAAAUGCACACAAUGAAACUGUUGGUUCCCAGAAGCAAGCCAAGUAUGCUUCUUUCCAGCAAUCUAAAACCUCUACAGGUGAAAUUCAGAAAAAUUAUGAGGAACAGUUAAGAUCAUCUCUAGGAGAUCAGUUGAUUAAGCAAGAGGAAAGAGAAUCAGGAAACACUGGUCUAAAGCCUUACAUACAGUAUCUGAGUCAGAACAAGGGCUUCUUGUACUUCUUCUUGGCAACUAUCUGCCAUUUAAUAUUCAUAGUUGGGCAGUUGAUACAAAACUAUUGGUUGGCUGCUGACAUCCAGGAUUCAAAUAUAAGCAGAGUGAAAUUGAUUGCAGUUUACUCAGGGAUUGGGUCUAUCCUGGUUUUAUUUUUGCUCCUUAGAGCCUUUUCUGUUGUUGGUUUAGGUUUUGGAGCAUCACUAUCUAUUUUUUCUACACUUCUGGGCUCUCUUUUCAGGGCACCAAUGUCUUUCUAUGACUCGACACCUCUGGGAAGGAUACUCAGCCGGGUUUCUUCUGAUAUGAAUGUCGUCGAUAUCGAUGUGGCUUACAAAUUAAGUAUUGCCCUUGUUGCAACUAUGACUGCAUACUCCACCUAUGUAAUACUGGCUAUUAUAACCUGGCCAGUCUUGUUUGUCAUCAUACCCAUGGUUUGUCUCACUAUUAUUUUACAGAGGUACUACCUUGCUUCUGCAAAAGAGUUGAUGCGAACGGAUGGUACAACCAAGUCUUUGGUUGCUAGCCAUCUUGCUGAAUCCAUUGCUGGAGCCAUGACAAUCAGGGCUUUCGGGGAGGAAGACAGAUUCUUUUCAAAGAACUUGGACCUCAUUGACAAAAACGCAAGUCCUUACUUCCAUGGUGUCUCAGCCAACGAGUGGUUGAUCCAACGCCUGGAAGUUAUAUGUGCAAUUGUUCUCUCAUCCUUAGCACUUGCCACAACUUUGCUUCCUUUUGGAGCUUCUGCCUCUGGAUUUAUUGGAAUGGCACUGUCAUAUGGUCUUUCUUUGAAUGUACACGUUAUUGCUUCUGUCCAAAGCUGGUGCUUGCUAGAAAACUUAAUUGUUUCUGUAGAAAGGCUAGAACAGUAUAUGCAUAUUCCUAGUGAAGCUGCACAAGUAGUAGAAGGUCACCGACCCAUGCACAAUUGGCCUAUUGUUGGCAAAGUGAAGAUAUGUGAUUUGAAGGUCAGAUAUCGGGCCAAUGCUCCUUUAGUCCUUCAGGGGAUCAGCUGUACAUUUGAAGGAGGGCACAAAAUUGGGAUUGUUGGCCGGACUGGCAGUGGAAAGACAACUCUUAUUGGUGCUUUGUUUCGUCUGGUGGAGCCUACAGAGGGAAAGAUCAUUAUAGAUGAGAUUGACAUUUCCACAAUUGGGCUUCAUGACCUAAGAUCACGUUUAGGAAUCAUUCCUCAAGAUCCAACACUCUUUAGUGGGUCUGUGAGAUACAAUAUAGACCCCUUGUCAGAGCAUACUGAUAAGGAAAUAUGGGAGGUUCUUGAGAAAUGUCAGCUUCAAGAUGCCAUUCAAGAAAAAGAAGAGGGAUUGGAUUCCUUAGUCAUACAAGAUGGAUCAAAUUGGAGCAUGGGACAACGACAACUAUUUUGUUUGGGACGCGCAUUGUUGAAGAGAAGCCAGAUACUAGUGCUUGAUGAAGCCACUGCAUCAAUAGACAAUGCAACUGAUUAUGUUCUCCAAAAAACCAUAAGAAAAGAAUUUGCUCACUGCACUGUAAUAACAGUGGCUCAUAGAAUACCAACCGUGAUGGACUGCAAUAAGGUGCUUGCUAUUAGUGAUGGUAAAAUAGCAGAGUAUGAUGAGCCACUGAAGCUGAUGAAUAAGGAGGGCUCGCUGUUUGGGAAGCUUGUCGAGGAAUACUGGUCUCAUUCUGCAAAAGCGAGCAUGUAGUUAGGGGAUUGUAUUUAUAAUUGUAUUGAGUUUAUCAUAUAUGUGAGUUGAUCCUUACUAGAUAAAAAAAAAAAUGUAGAUUUAAUGCCUUAGCAGCAACACGAUUCCUGACAAAAUGAAAAUAUUUUUCUAUA